GGUGCCACUCAUUUUAAAUCAGACUGUUGUGUAACAGGAAAGUCUUGAGUUUACGCUACAGCGCCCUCUGCUGGUUGUACCGGAGUUCUGCAGCCCAUCUACAUUCAUCAUGUCACUGGAUGAUCAACUGGAUGAUAAGGAUUCACUGGACCUUUAUGAUAAUCCACCCAUUCUUGAUAAUGUGGUGAGGGACGAUAACAACACGGUCUACUUUAUCUAUGAUGAAGAAGUUGAUGAGGAGGAGAAAGAAGAGUCUCCUCCUCCUGAACCUGUCAAACCUUUCAAUAAAAAACCACACAAAUUUAAGGACCACUACUUCAAGAGGUCCACAUUCUGUGAUGUAUGCGCUCGCAUGAUUGUUCUCAAUAAUAAAUUUGCACUGAGGUGUAAGAACUGCAAGACUAGUAUUCAUCAUCAGUGUCAGAGCUACGUUGAGUACCAACAGUGCUUUGGAAAAAUUCCUCCAGGAUUCAGACGGGCAUACAGCUCUCCUCUCUACAGCGGUCAGCAGAACGCUACGGUUAAAGAGCUGCUUCCAUUCUCACAGUCUAACCGCACUGACCCAGUCUUCGAGACUCUUCGUAUUGGAGUUAUAAUGGCAAAUAAAGCACGGAAAAAAGAGGACAAGAAAAAUAUGAUGCUGGAAGAUGAAGAAUCACAACCUAAAACUGAGGAAGAAGGAGAAGGAGUAAUCCAUGAGAAAGAGAAGUUGGCUGCAGAUGACAAGACAAAGAAACCACAGUCAGGAAAACUGGGGGUCUUCUCUCAGGUCCAUUACUACCUGGCCCUGUACCAUUUUAAAGCCAUUGAGAAAGACGACCUUGACUUUUAUCCAGGUGAUCGUGUAACAGUAAUAGACGAUUCCAAUGAAGAGUGGUGGAGAGGUCGGGUUGGUGAGAAAACAGGCUUCUUUCCAGCCAACUACAUAAUCCGUGUCCGCUCAGGGGAAUGUGUGUACAUGGUGACACGCUCUUUUGUUGGAAAUCGUGAGAUGGGCCAAAUCACACUGAAGAAAGACCAGAUUGUAGUUAAGAAAGGAGAGGAGGUCAACGGCUAUACAAAGGUCAGCACUGGACGCAAGCUUGGCUUUUUUCCAGCAGACAUUCUCCAAGAGAUCUAAGUGUAUGUGUGGCUUUCUGUUUACCUCAAGGUGUCUUUCAGUGACAAGCAUAAUUAUUAACUUUACUUAAUGGUAGUUUUUUACUGUUGGGAUGAAAUUUAACAGAGAAAAUAAAGCGUUU